GCAGGGCAGGGAGGGCAGUAGCUGCGGGUAGGAUGGGUCGUCGCCGCCGGCUUCGCUAAGACUUGCUCGCGUGGGCUGCCCUCGGCGGGCCCGCAGUGGCCGCGGCGGCAUGAAGGGCGCUCUGGGGAGUCCUGUGGCCGCGGCCGCCGCAGGCGCCGUGAUGCAGGAGAGUUUCGGCUGCGUAGUGGCCAACCGCUUCCACCAGCUGCUGGACGACGAGUCAGACCCGUUCGACAUCCUGCGCGAGGCCGAGCGCCGGCGCCAGCAGCAGCUGCAGCGCAAGAGGCGCGACGAGGCGGCGGCGGCGGUGGCAGCGGGGACCGGCAACCGCGGUGGCAGGAGCCCGGCUGGGGCUUCGGGCCACAGACCUGGCGCGGGCGGCGGCCGGAGGGAGUCCCAGAAGGAGCGCAAGAGCCUCCCGGCCCCCGGCGCACAGCAGCCGGACAGCCCCGGGGGCGGCCCGCAGCCGCCUGGCCAGAAGCGAACUCCCAGAAGAGGGGAGCAGCAAGGAUGGAGUGAUAGCCGGGGCACAGAGGUGGCGCUUGAUAGAGCAGAGCGGAGAUCCUACAGGGAAUAUCGACCCUACGAGACCGAGAGGCAGGCGGACUUUACACCUGAGAAGUUUACAGAUGAAAAACCAGUUGACAGAUUUGAUCGAGACAGACCACUGAGAGGACGUGGAGGCCCAAGAGGGGGCAUGCGAAGCAGAGGCAGAGGUGGUCUUGGGAACAGAGCUUUUGACGGUUUUGACCAGAGAGGGAAACGAGAAUUUGAGAGAUACGGUGGCAGUGAUAAAAUAGCAAUCAGAACUGAAGACAACACGGGUGGAUAUGGAGUUCGCACCUGGGGAUCAGGUAAAGAUACCAGUGAUGUGGACCCGACUGCUCCGAUGGAGGAGGCCACAGCCGUGGACGAGUCCCUGUGCCCCCUGGAGGAGGAAGCUCCAGCCAAAGUUCCUGACUUGGAGGUAGAAGAAGAAAACCAAGUUCAAGAGAUGACCCUAGAUGAGUGGAAAAAUCUUCAAGAACAGACCAGACCAAAGCCUGAAUUUAACAUCCGGAAACCUGAGUCCACUGUCCCUUCCAAAGCAGUGGUGAUACACAAGGCCAGAUAUAGAGAUGAUAUGGUAAAGGAUGACUAUGAGGAUGAUGCCCACGUUUUCCGGAAAGCGGCCAACGACAUCACAUCCCAGCUGGAGAUUAACUUUGGUAACCUCCCUCGUCCUGGGCGUGGAGCCAGAGGUGGCACCCGGGGAGGCCGGGGAAGGAUCAGAAGGGCAGAAAACUACGUCCCCAGAGCAGAAGUGGUGACACAAGAUGUCGCUCCAAACCCAGAUGACCCUGAAGACUUUCCUGCUCUGGCAUGAGCGCCCGAUUUCCUUGGCCACGUCCAACAGCACCGGCCAACCUACCAAGAAGACUUCUCUUGCUCUGGGGAAGAGAGUCAGACUCUAAGAACAAUAGAUGUUGCUUUUUCCCGUGUAGUUUGAAUUCCUUGCACUUCUUUGACCUGGGCUUUGGGGGUCGGGGCGGGCAUAGGGAUUUCUCCAGAUGCUAGAGAGCAGCGGUUCCGGUCAGGGGUGAGUCUGGCACUUUCCCAAGAAGAUGAGAAUGGGGAUUAUUUUUGUACGUCAGGACCUCCAGGUGAAGUUCAGAAAUAAUGUUUAAAAUAUGUAUAUAGAGAUUGUAUUGGAGCCUCCACCAAAGCAUGGAGCAUAAAGCGAAGUUGUGAAAUAGAAUCUUUCGAGACCACUGAGUGAGUGGUGCAGCUCUCAGAAGGCCGAGUCCUUCAGUAUUAGCGAAUAUACCUAUAACUCGGACCAUCCAUUUAAAGCAGCCACAGCCUAGUCUUCAGAGCCCAAGAACUUACAAUACAGUUGUAUUUACUGUGCACUUAUCCAUGUUACAUGCUCCUGGAAUUUUCCGGUUUUCACUUCACCCGUCAUUUGAAAGAGCCACUGUGCCGUCGCUGGUGACCACUGUGGCAGAGCAUCCGGGAAAGCACUGAUUUUGUUUUCAAGGUGAUUUAAAACUACCUCGUGGUUUCUGUGUGUAUGUGCACACAUACUCUCACACACACGCUGAGAGUAUCGAUGUGCAUAUUUCGUGCUCGGGUGGUUCCUGAGGAUGCGUGUGAAGUCUGUGAUUUUUUAAAUCAUGCUCUUUAGCCCACCGAGCAAAUGAAAAAGCGUCCCGGCAAGAGUGUUGCCAUUUAACACCUUAUCCUCUUCUCCCCGGAAACUAAUGUUGGAUUGGACACCUGUAUACAAAGGCCCCCUCUGUCCGUGUCCUGGGCAAGACUUGUAAAUAAGUAGUAUUUAUUGAACACCUACCUGCCGUUUUUCUCACUCAGUCCUUGCACCACAUGUCUUGCCUUUGGAAAACGUUUGGGUUAAUGAUGCUCCGAGUGCCCCCCGAACUAGCGGGGCCGAAGCCUGGAAGCCCCGGUUCCGUCAACCCAGCUGCAUGCGGGGUGGUUCUGGGGUAGCAGCUAGGGCACAGACCACUGGAAGCGGGGUGACGCUCUUCCCACUUUACUGAAGAAACUGGGUGACGUUUGCCGGUUGUCACACAGUUAAAACACUUGUGUUGGCCUUUGAACCUUGGUCCCGGAAUCUGUGGGGGUUUUUUUGGCUUUUUGGGUUUUUUUGCCUUGCUCUACCAUCUAAGAUGGCUUUGAACUUGAACCCGAGUGUAAAUAAAGGUUGGUAUUCCCUCCUGA